UGUUGCUGUGCAAGUAGGUGACGAAGAAGUAGUAGAAGCUACUGAAGAAUUAACAGUGGAAGCCAUUGAAUUACUAGAAGAGGUGGCCAUGGAAAGCUGCUCAAGUUCUGAUUUACAACAAAAUGAGAGCAUUAAUGUAAAUGGAAACCAGCAAUCAACUACUGUGAAUAAUGAUGGUAUAGCUCGACCUGUAGAUGAAACAAAUGAAGAUGUAAUUGAUCUUACUCAACAAGAGAUUCCUGUUACAAAUGAAUUUGUUGAAGAAAUUGUUCGUGAAUCGUUCAUGAAGAAAUAUGGAAAGAAAGUUGCAAAAGGGGCUAUGUAUGCCUUAAAAUUAAUUCCGAAACCUUUUCUGUGGAUCAAAGCUGCUGUGAAACACAUUUUCUCAAGAAUUUCUCGUUGACUACUUUAGUAUAUAGUGUUUUUACUAGUUAUUAUUGCUUUUUUGCAAUGUUUAUUUAUCAGUUUAGACUGUAUUUAGUUUCUGUUGUGAAUUGAUAAUAUUUCUUACAUAAGAAACCUAAAACAUCCUCUAUUCC